AACGCAACGCGAUCACUUGAUUGAAUCCGGACUAAAUGGUUAAGUAGCUGAGCUAUAUUCAAAGUGUUCAAUGUUGGUAUACUAAACUCUUGUUGAUCACGCCAUCCAUGACUGAUUCAAUAUGUAUCAAACCAAGGUGUAACUGUCACCUUCUUCAAUCUUCAUCCAAUCCAAUCCCAUCCCCUGAAUCAAAUUCAAACCUCUCUCUCUUACCUAACCCAUCACUCUUCUUCUUCUUCUUGUUUCCAUUAUUAUAGCUUCAAAAUCAUUUAUUUGUUGAAGGCCAUGCAGGGUAGUGAUGAAAACAUGGUCCUUUCCUCAGAGGAUUCUUCAUCCCCAGAUGAGACUGAGUGUCACCUUCAAUUGGGUCUCUCCUUGUCCCUCUCUCCCUAUGCCACUUCUUCUUUAAGCAGCAGAAGCAGGACUAGUUCUCAUUCUCAUUCUGUUCUCACCAAUAACGCUCCCACCAGUCAAGUAGUUGGAUGGCCCCCUCUCAGAGCAUAUAGGAUGAACAGCUAUAAUAGCCAUGCAAAAUCCCAAGUCACUGAAGUAUUCAAUUCUAUGGUUGAGAACAGUAAGGCCAAUAUUGCUGUGGUAAGGAAGAGUUCUGACAAUGGCAGUGUUGAUAAUAGUAUCAUUGGCAAAGAAAACAGAAACCCCAGGACCAGGAGUUCCCUGUUUGUGAAAGUAAAAAUGGAUGGGGUACCAAUUGGAAGGAAGGUUGAUUUAAGUGCUCAUAGUUCUUAUGAAACCUUAGCUCAAAGCUUGGAGGAUAUGUUUAAUGAACCAAAUACAGUUCUCACUUGCAAAGUUGGACUAAAUGGAGUGAAUCAUGGUAUUAUAGCUGGAGCAGAUAGGCACUCAAAAUUGUUUGAUGGAUCUUCCAACUUUGUGCUUACUUAUGAAGACAAGGAAGGAGACUGGAUGCUUGUUGGAGAUGUUCCUUGGUGGAUGUUCAUUAGCUCUGUUAGGAGGCUAAGAAUCAUGAGGACAUCUGAGGCUAAUGGACUUGAUUGGAAGAACAGAACAGCAGAUUGAAAAGCAAGCUCAUAUAGAUAAGGUUUGCAAUUUUGCAUGUGUUAAGAUACAGAAAUGUAUAGCACAAAAAGAAGGAAUAAGUAUGGGAGAAAUAACUGAGACAGUAAAUAUGAGAUGCUUGUUACCUUAUCAAAUUUAGAUUACUUUCCCUUUUACUGCAGUUUUCAUUUGAAUUUUCAAGCUAUUUUCCCUGUUUAUUAGAAUCAGUGUCUUACUCUUAAGUUUGCCAAAACUCUUGAAAAUAGUAUGUGAGACGAAUAGUAAGGAUGCACACACAUACGGCAUACCACCCUCUGGUUAGCACUUGAGAUAUUGGUAUAUUGGACUGGCAUGAUGGAUUGGCAAUAAACACGAACAUGGACAAGAACUAUUAAGGACUUAGUGUCACUUCAGAUACCAGUUAAGUGCAAGGUGAACGAACAUUUAUCUAAAUUCAUGAAAAGAGUUACGUUCAUUUUUUGUCUUAAAAUGCAUGCUAUCAACAGUUUGCUCUGGCAUCAAUGGAUUUUCUUAUUAAAGGACAUUGUCCAUAGGUUCACGAGCUGUCUAUUUUAUUUUUCUUUUAACAUAGUUAAAAUAUAUAUUAAGGUUUCUUCUA